GCCACUGCGGGAGGGUUGAGGGGAGCUCCGUCCGCCCCGCAGAAGAAAAGCAGAGCCCCGCUCUUCCUUCGCCUCUUUUCCGCCGCAGGGACAGAGACCUACCUCCUCCUAACCCUUCUCUGGCGGGGAGGGGAGGGCAGAGGGACGCCGCUGCCCUCCCCGUGUCGGGCUGCCCUUUGCUCCCCGGCAGCGGAGGGUGAGUCAGCCGCAGGGCAGCCUGCGGGCAGGUGGGGACUGGAGCUGGCUCCUGCCUCGCAGGGAAAGGGUGGUCGUUUCUCCUCCCUCUCCCCCUUGUUUUCUCCCCGUAAGUGGUGAGGCUGGACCAAGGCGAACUCUUCCGAGCCCUUCAGCCUGUGAACCAGCCUCGCCAUGGCUGUCGGUGGGGUCGGGACCUCUCUGCUGCUGAUGGCCGGCAUCAUGGUGGCCGUGGGGCUGUGCCGGAGGGUGACCCGCCGCCGGCUGCGCACCCGGCAGCGCCUUUGCACUUUCCUGUUGGAGAUGUUCAGCACCUUCCAGAUCUGCGCCUGCACGAACGAGCUCUGCCUGCUCGGCAACGUGGAGCCGAAGCCGCACACCGCCCUCACCCUCACCUACGGCUUCACCGUCCUGCACGGCUUGACUCUGCCCGGCAGCACCUGCAACCCCUGUGGCACCUUGCAGCCGAUGUGGGGUGGUGGGACGUCGGUCAGGAUGGGUGGACUGAAGAUCGCCGCUCAGUUCCUGGCUGCGGUGCUUGCCAGGCUGUUCAUGCACUUUAUCUGGAGCCUGGAGAUGGCAGAGCCACAUUCUGGAGCGCUCUCGCAGGGCUGCAGCAACCCCAUGCAGACUACAGAGAUGCAGGCGUUCUGCAUAGAACUGCUCUUUUCUGUCGUCUUCCAGCUCACCAUCCUGCGAGUGGAAAGGAUUCAUCCCAAAUACAAAGUCCAUUUGAUUGCUUUCCUCAUCACCAUGCUGGUGUAUGCAGGUGGCAAUCUGACAGGAGCAGUAUUUAACCCAGCACUGGCUUUGUCACUACAUGCCAAUUGUUUCUACGACAGAUUUCUGAGUUACUCACUUGUGUACUGGAUAGCACCAUCCUUAGGUACAAUGCUUGUGGCUUUCAUAUGGGAUGGGAUCCUCCCCCGGCUGUCCUGAGAUGGCAGACUCUGAAAUCUGGCAGCAGCAGCAGCAGGUUAAGAAUGACUCCCAGCAUCUGCAGAGAUGGAGCUUUCAGGGAACUGGUGACAUCUGACUUCUCGGGCACCUUCCAGUGGAUUUCACAGGCGAACGAUGCGACCUCCGACUCUGUAUUCAGACACCUGUUUUGUCACAGCCCACUGGGGCGUUGAGACGACCUGCCAGCAGCUUCAGCUAAGCCACCUGAACACGAUGGGACUGGGAAAACACUCACACUUGUCACUUUAGCCAUAAGUGCCAUUUGCUGAUCUUUAUUCCAACAGCAUGCAAAGCUGAUUUUAGGGAAACACCCUGUCCUUUCAAGGGUUUGACGGGAUUGGAUUUCUUCCCCUAGAAGGCACCUGGCAGAAAAGGAGCUGACCAUCUCAGUCCUCAUCCUGUUCCUACUUGCCAUAUCCACAACUCUGAGAAGAAGGAAGGCUCCACAGCUCCCUAGAAGAGGUUCCACAGCUCUGUUCUAGAGGUGUCCUACACCAAAAUUAAAAGUCUGUAGGACCAGCGUUGUUUUACUAAUGCCCAGAAGGAGGUAAGUAAGCCCUUGCUUCCUUUGGGGAAGGCCCUGCCCCAUCCUCUCCCAUGAUGGUCUGUUGAAUAUUUAUCUUGGCUGGAAAGAACAGUAAUAAAGUACCACAAAAUUCUGUAAGUACACAUGUAAAAGGAUGACUGAGGCAACAAC